AUCAGUUUUAGAUAUUAACGGUAACUUAGGCCAGAGACGGCUGAUAAAGCGAGCGAGACCUAACGUUAUAUUAGGCUACUGAUAAUCUUAAAGUUAGAUAACUUAGUAACGUUGACGUCAAACGAUUAACGUUAGUUACAUCUUCUGUGUCUCUCAGCUAACAUAACGUUAGACUACCAAGAGGGGGAAAUGGGAAUGUCCUUAUCAUACCCUCUGGUCAAUGAGCCAGAGAGCUACGUGGACCCCGACUUCGAUGAAGAGUCUAAUUCAAUGGACUUUGGAAAGGAGUUGCAUGAUAUCACUUUGUCCUUCUGUUAUGAUAUGAUUCAACACAGAAUCCGGUCAAUCAGAGAGAAGGCCAAGUUUCAGAUGAUGGAUGACGAUUGGCCCAGCUUUGUUGAGAAUUGGAAACAGCUGUAUCCUGAGUGGACAACUGAUGACUUCCUGAACCUCAGACAUCAGUUUGAGUUCUUUGACAUUUGUGGUGACAAACUGCUCAACUUUACAGACUUCUGUGCAGCUCUAGAUCUGGUGAACUACAGUGACUCAGAGGAGAAGCGCAGGGCCCUUUUUGACAGAGCUGACUUUCAGAAGUACAACAGCAUCAACUUGGAAGAAUAUCUCCAGUGAAAGGUGAGAAAUGAUGCCAGGAUGCUGUAAUCACGUCCAAGCUAGAGAGAUGCGGUGGUGGAAAUGAGGACAACCAGCGUGCAACAAAUGGGACAGGAAACUCAGUAGUGCAUUACCACCUCUCAAAGUGCUCACCACGCAGUUUCUACAAGCCACACAACCAUGCAAAUUGUAGCUGUUUUCAAGCUGUCUGCCCCCUAUUGAUUUGUCUUAUGACACAGCUGUACAUGUCAAUGAUCUGAUGAUGUGUCAGAGUCUAACCUUUUCAUUUGAGCGCUGACAUUUAGGCCUACACUGUGUUAUUAAAAGUAUACCCCAAGGAAUAGAAAAUUAGGUUAGUUUUUUGUUUCUUAUGAUGGAUGAUGUAUGAAGUUGGAAAUACAGUUGGCUG